AUGGCUGCGCGGGAACGGCUGCGCGGGAACGGCUGCGCGGGAACAGGUGCGCGGGAACAGGUGCGCGGGAACAGGUGCGCGGGAACAGCUGCGCGGGAACAGCUGCGCAGGAACAGCUGCGCAGGAACAGCUGCGCAGGAACAGGUGCGCAGGAACAGCUGCGCAGGAACAGCUGCGCAGGAACAGGUGCGCAGGAACAGUGAAGUCUCAUCAGAAAAUCAGAAACAGCUGCGCAGAAGCGGCUGCGCGGAAGCGGCUGCGCGGAAGCGGCUGCGCGGAAGCGGCUGCGCGGAAGCGGCUGCGCGGAAGCGGCUGCGCGGAAGCGGCUGCGCGGAAGCGGCUGCGCGGAAGCGGCUGCGCGGAAGCGGCUGCGCGGAAGCGGCUGCGCGGAAGCGGCUGCGCGGAAACGGCUGCGCGGAAACGGCUGCGCAGAAACGGCUGCGCAGAAACGGCUGCGCAGAAACGGCUGCGCAGAAACGGCUGCGCAGAAACGGCUGCGCAGAAACGGCUGCGCAGAAACGGCUGCGCAGAAACAGCUGCGCAGAAACAGCUGCGCAGAAACAGCUGCGCAGAAACAGCUGCGCAGAAACAGCUGCGCAGAAACAGCUGCGCAGAAGCAGCUGCGCAGAAGCAGCUGCGCAGAAACAGCUGCGCAGAAACAGCUGCGCAGAAACAGUGCGCAGAAACAGCUGCGCAGAAACAGCUGCGCAGAAACAGCUGCGCAGAUACAGCUGCGCAGAUACAGCUGCGCAGAUACAGCUGCGCAGAAACAGCUGCGCAGAUACAGCUGCGCAGAAACAGCUGCGCAGAAACAGCUGCGCAGAAACAGCUGCGCAGAAACAGCUGCGCAGAAACAGCUGCGCAGAAACAGCUGCGCAGGAACAGCUGCGCAGAAACAGCUGCGCAGAAACAGCUGCGCAGGAACAGCUGCGCAGGAACAGCUGCGCAGAAACAGCUGCGCAGAAACAGCUGCGCAGAAACAGCUGCGCAGGAACAGCUGCGCAGGAACAGCUGCGCAGGAACAGCUGCGCAGGAACAGCUGCGCAGAAACAGCUGCGCAGGAACAGCUGCGCAGGAACAGCUGCGCAGGAACAGCUGCGCAGCAACAGCUGCGCAGAAACAGCUGCGCAGAAACAGCUGCGCAGAAACAGCUGCGCAGAAACAGCGGCGCAGAAACAGCGGCGCAGAAACAGCGGCGCAGAAACACUCUAUAGCCUCCGGUUACAGGAGCGUACCUCCAUGUUCAAUGUUUUUUGGGCAGUUGAACAUAAGCGGCUGCGCAGAAGCGGCUGCGCAGAAGCGGCUGCGCAGAAGCGGCUGCGCAGAAGCGGCUGCGCAGGAACGGCUGCGCAGGAACGGCUGCGCAGGAACGGCUGCGCAGGAACGGCUGCGCAGGAACGGCUGCGCAGGAACGGCUUCGCAGGAACGGCUUCGCAGGAACGGCUGCGCAGAAGCGGCUGCGCAGAAGCGGCUGCGCAGAAGCGGCUGCGCAGAAGCGGCUGCGCAGAAGCGGCUGCGCAGAAGCGGCUGCGCAGAAGCGGCUGCGCAGAAGCGGCUGCGCAGAAGCGGCUGCGCAGGAACGGCUGCGCAGGAACGGAUGCGCAGGAACGGCUGCGCACUGCGCAUAAACAGCUGCGCCGAAACAGCUGCGCCGAAACAGCUGCGCCGAAACAGCUGCGCCGAAACAGCUGCGCCGAAACAGCUGCGCCGAAACAGCUGCGCCGAAACAGCUGCGCCGAAACAGCUGCGCCGAAACAGCUGCGCCGAAACAGCUGCGCCGAAACUGCUGCGCCGAAACAGCUGCGCCGAAACAGCUGCGCAGAAACAGCUAGGCAUAAGCAGCUGCGCAGAAACAGCUGCGCAGAGACAGCUGCGCAGAAACAGAUGCGCAGAAACAGCUGCGCAGAAACAGCUGCGCAGAAACAGCUGCGCAGAAACAGCUGCGCAGAGACAGCUGCGCAGAGACAGCUGCGCAGAGACAGCUGCGCAGAGACAGCUGCGCAGAGACAGCUGCGCAGAAACAGCUGCGCAGAAACAGCUGCGCAGAAACAGCUGCGCAUAAACAGCUGCGCAGAAACAGCUGCACAGAAACAGCUGCGCAGAAACAGCUGCGCAGAAACAGCUGUGCAGAAACAGCUGCGCAGAAACAGAUGCGCAGAAACAGCUGCGCAGAAACAGCUGCGCAGAAACAGCGGCGCACAAACAGCGGCGCAGAAACACUCUAUAGCCUCCGGUUACAGGAGCGUACCUCCAUGUUCAAUGUUUUUUGGGCAGUUGAACAUGUAA